AGUAUUUAAACGGCUCUCAGUGCGCGAGGAGUAGCAGAGGGAGGCAUUUGCUUAUUAGCUUAUUAGACGCGAAUAAAGUCGUGUUUGGACGCUUUAAUAGCUUAUUUUCUGCGUUUUUGGAAGAUAUUAGACACUUUUUAACCAUGUGGAUUUACAAAAUUCUGCUUUGUGUGGCUGUGCUGGUGUACUCAGAAAGUAAAAGACAUGCUCUGCAGGACUACCAGAAGACCGAUGGGGUUCGCCUGGUUGCACCACCUGACUCCUCCUUCAUGACUAAAAGCAGGAAGAUGAGUGUAGGAAAGUGUGCCCGCCGCUGCAGUCGCAACAGGAAACCAUCCUUCACCUGCAGAGCGUUCAGCUUUGAUCAGAAUGGCACAAAGUGUCAUUUACUCUCCUAUGAUAACUUCACACGGGGAGUCCGCAUAGAGAAUGACUUCAACUUUGACCUCUACCAGAAAAAAGACUUUGUAAAGGAGUGCAUCAUUGGCACUGGGCUGAAUUACAAAGGGAAGAUUUCGAAGACUGAGACAGGUGAAGAAUGCCAGAAAUGGGACUUGAACACCCCACAUGAACACCAUUUCUUACCUCGGCGACACAAGAAGAAGGACCUUCGAGACAAUUUGUGUCGGAAUCCAGACAACAGUACCACAGGACCGUGGUGUUUUACAAAGAAUCCCAACAUACGCUACCAAAACUGCAACAUUCCCCAGUGCUCAGAGGUGGAAUGUAUGACGUGUAAUGGAGAAAGCUACCGAGGACCCAUGGACCACACGGAGAGUGGCAGAGAAUGCCAGCGCUGGGACCUGGACGAACCUCACAAACACCUUUUCCACCCCAAAAGGUAUCCAGAUAACGGCCUGAAGGAUAACUACUGCAGAAACCCAGAUGGGCGCCAGCGACCCUGGUGCUUCACCACUGACCCUGACGUUCCUUGGGAGUACUGCAGCAUCAAACAGUGUGACUCUGACAACCAAAGCAACAUUGAAACUACUACUACAUGUUUCCGUGAUAACGGAGCAGGAUAUCGAGGGACAGUGGCGGUGCCUCGUGAAGGUUUAACCUGUCAGAGAUGGGAUGCCCAGUUUCCUCAUUCACACUCUUAUAUGCCUCAAAAGUACAGAUGCAAGGACCUUAGUGAGAACUUCUGCAGGAAUCCUGAUGGCCGUGAUGCCCCGUGGUGCUUCACCACUGACCCAAACAUCCCUUGGGCCUUUUGCAAGAACAUCCCACGCUGUGGAGCCGCAGCGACUGAACCUGAGGAGUGUUACAAAGGCAGUGAAGAGACGUACAGAGGCAAGCAGAUGAAGACUCGUUCAGGCAUUCUCUGUGCACCAUGGAGAGAUCACAGUGAGAGGAAUAAGCGAGAGGUGGUGACACUGAGUGAAGAACUGGAAGGGAAUUUCUGCAGGAAUCCAGACAAGGACAAGCAUGGGCCAUGGUGCUACACCAACAGCUCCCUCGUCCCCUGGGAUUACUGCACAGUCAAGCUCUGUGACCCCUUACCGAAUGCUCUUCCACAAAAAGCUGAGGUCUCUCAAGCCUCCUGUUUUGUUCAUAAGCAAGUGAGGAUAGUGGGUGGAGGCCCAGUACCGAUUAAAGAGGGCAGCUGGAUGGUCAGCAUACAGAAAGGGGCCACUCACUGGUGCGGAGGCUCUCUGGUCCGUGAGGAGUGGGUGCUGACAGACAGAGAGUGCUUCUCCUCAUGUGUUCCCGACCUAUCAGAGUAUAGAGUGUGGCUCGGCUCUGCACACCUGAAUGAGUCCGGUGAGAAUAUCUGGAACAGACAGGAAAGGAGAAUUGCUCACGUCGUCUGUGGCCCAGAGGGUUCAGGACUCGCCCUGCUGCAACUGGCACAAGCUGCUCUCAUAACUGAACACGUGAGGAUCAUCCAGCUCCCCGUAGCUGGCUGCAGAAUUCAGGAGGGCAUUGUGUGUUCUACAUAUGGCUGGGGAGAAACUAAAGAUACUGGACAUGAAGGCACGUUAAAGAGUGUUCAUCUGCCCAUUGUCAGCAACGAGCGUUGUGAGCAGCUGCAUCGAGGAAGUCUUCAGAUCACAAAUGCUAAAGUAUGUGCUGGUGGAAAGAGAGACGAAGGAGUGUGUGAGAAAGACUACGGUGGCCCACUGGUGUGUCAAGAAAAGGGAAGUAAAGUCAUAGUGGGAGUAAGUAUCCACGGGAGAGGAUGUGCUCGACACAAUCGACCAGGCAUCUUUGUCAACGUAGCCCACUAUACUGGCUGGAUUCAUAAAGUGUUCAAAACCUACCCCUACUCAGACUUUAAUUACUGAAGCAGACUGUUGGAUGACCUAAAACUGGACUAUUUAGAGGAACCAAACCAAACAUCUUAAACAAAACCAACAAAACUGACCUGACCCACAAAGUUUUAAUAAGGAAAAACCUGGCUAACAUAUGGAUUGAUUGAUUUAGAACUAUUCCAGCCUGGGAAUGCUUCACAUAGGCAUUACUGGAGCUCUACACAAAGAAAACAAUGGAGAAACAACUUGAGUCUCUAAAGGCUUGUUUAUAAUAUAAGCAAAGAGCAAGAAGGACUACUGGUGAGUACUGCCAGAUCCUGCACCUAAGGACGCUAGCAAUACCUGAACUCUUACCAAAAACCUCAGCUUCUGGAGGAGAAUAUUGUUGGCUCUAUCCACAAAUAAUCAAACAUAUUCUCUUUUCUUCCCGUUAUCGGCUUACUCAUGGCCCAUCAUACUAAAAGCUGGACCAAGAAAAUGAGGAUUUAUGGACUGAGGAAUUGACCUGAGCUAGAAUCUGAAAGAUGGAUUCAUACCUAGACCUUCAUACUCGGAACUACUUCUCAGAAAAUACUAACACAUGUACAGUAUAUUUAAACUAAACCCUUAUGGAGGUAACCAAUUAAGUCCUUCUUAGGGCUCAGCUUUAUUAUAAAAUAGGAAUAAAAAAUACCCCACAGUAUUAGCUGUAUUACAGAAUGGUGUGUGUGUAUAUAGUAUACAUGUAGAAUAUCUUGUGGAUAGUAUAGUUAGUACAGAGUAUUCAUAGAAGGCUUUUAAUGUUAAUGCUCCUGAUAAUACUUGAAUACACACACGUACAACAAUGUACAACACUGUCUGUUCUAAUGGCACUUCCUCAUUUCAGGUAUCAGAAGGUUUUUGAAGGCUUUGCAGGCAGGUGUUUUAUUUCUUGACCAGAGAGCAGUGUUGUUUGUGUGUUUCCCAAUCCACACAAUGUUUUUUUUGUCAUCUUUUCUUCUUCUUUUUUUUUUCUUCGUUUUUGUUUUUGUUUCAGAAGCCAUAGAAGGAUGAGGUGUUGUAAAUAGUGCAGUCAUUUGAGUGUUACAAACACUACUGAUGCUUGGGUAGGUCUUAUAGACCUUUUAAGUAGAGGCUUUAAGAUGUUUUUCCUUCAUCUUCAGUGUUGUUCUGUUGUUCGUUCUCGACCAAAACUAGACAAAACCACUAUAUUUGCCACUAUAAAGAAUAAAAGACAACCUGAAAUGAAAUAGAGAGGGUGUAAACAUACAAAGUAAAUGCAAAGUAUGCUUUAAGUGUACACCGACUGAUUGGUGCAUUAAAACCGCCUUUUUGUUUUUACGUUCACUGGCCAUCUUAUCAGCUCCACUAAGCAUAUAUGAACACUUUGUAGUUGCGUAGACUGUAACUAUAUUUCAUAUGUUUCUCUGCAUAAAACCUCAAUUUCCCCCUGUUUUUUAAUUAUACAGAGCAGGUAUUGUUCGGGUUGUGACUCAUUCUCAGCAUAGUGUGUGUGUGUUGUGCUGUUACGAGUGAAUCAGAUACAGCAGUGCUGCUGGAGUUUUUAAACACCUCACUGCUGGAUUGAAAAUGAUGAAGAACUAGAGGAUAACCAACACACACUGUGCAGCAACAGAGGAGUGAACACAGUGUUUAAAAACUCCAGCAGCACUGCUGUGUCUCCACUCUUACCAGCACAACACGCACUAACACCUCAAACACCACCACCCAAAUAAUGAGACUGAUAUAGUGUGCAGAAAAACAGAACUACAGGACUACAGUGUGUAAUUAUAGAAGUGCUUAGUAUUCCUAUAUGGUUAGUGAAGUUAAGUGUAGGAAAAAGAAGGUGGUUUUAAUGAAGUAACCAUGUGGUGUAUGAUAUACUUUUGAACGUGAUGUAAGGGACUUUGUGUAUAUGUGUGUAUGUAAGUGUGUGUAUGUAUGUAUGUGUGUAAAAUGUAGUUAAUGUUGCUCAGUGAUGUUCGUUAUGUUCAAAUUUCCACUGGCAGGUUGUUGCAGCUCUGCAGGACAGAGGGAGAGAGAGUGUGAGAGUGUGUGUGUGUGUGUGUGUUUAUGUAGAACAAAUACCUGUUACUUUUUCUUCUACAGGCCCAGAAGAAGCAGGUCUAGUUAGGGAAAGAUUCAUUUGAAUGUUUUAGAUCCAGGAUAAGUUGUAAGACAAAUCCCCAUCCAUCAGAGUAAUAUCUCCUGUGUGGUCGUGGUCGUGGAUUACUCUGAAUAUACGAGUUUCUCAUUCCUGACCUCUUACUCUGGACGGCCUCCAAAAACAAUCGACUUGGGAAAUUACCUCCAAAACUAUGUCAGCUAAAACAAAUACCGCACUGAAAGAUGGCUCCUAAGUGUUUGCAUUCUGAGCACUCCUGACGCUCAUUACGUGAGUUUAAUUUGUACGUACGUCCUCUGGCACGGGCCUCAGAGUUAAACAAUCCCUGAAAAAGGAUUAGUAAUCAGUAAAUGCUGAUAAAUUACAAUACAAAUACAACAAAUAAAAACAUUCUAAAUUGUAAUAAGCUUUUCUUCCAGAUGUAUGUUUAAGGACAUUUUUAUUGGUCCGUUUAUCAAGAAAUUGUGAUACAUUGCAUAGAUUCAAAUUAUGUCAUUAAGCACAUAAAACAUAAAAUGUCUGGAGACAGCAACACUGAACAGCACUGUUAAACUGAAAACUGAUAAUAUUAUAGGCAUGCACAAAGAUUUUGGAUUCAUAGAUGUGUAGAUUUUGCCAAUAUGUUUUAGUUUUUUGACAAAUUAAAUCUAGCAGUUGUUCUUUCAUGAUACUUUAUAAAUGUUGAAAAUUUCAUAAAAUGCUCAAUGACUUAGUUCCUUAGAUUUCAUGAUAUGGGUUGAGUGUUGAGAGUGGCAGCAGUGUGUGGGUGAGCAUUGUCCUACUGGAAUCGUUCACCACGUGUGCAUUCAGAAAAGGCCACUGGUUGCAGGACCCCAUUAAAAUGCCUGUUAUAAAAACCAGAGGUGAUCUGGCAUACAACCUUUGUAUUAAAACCUUGUCAAAACCUUUUAUUCAAAUGUUUAGUUUUGCUUUUUUUAGUCACUUUUUGACAGUUUAAAUUUGGCAGUUGUUCUAAUAUAGUAUAAAUAAAAAAAUGGUCCAAAAUAAUUCAAAUUAAAUUAUUUUACAUUGACUUUCUUUUGAAAUUCAAAGUGUUUUUAUUUUUUUCCUGUGAAAAUGCUGUUAAAGAGAUUUUUGCCUGACAGCGACGAUUUGUUGAUGUGUUUCAAAAUAACAGUGAAAUAUGUUGUGUGUUUCAAUAAGAAUUAGAUACUUAGGUGACAAUGGGUUACUGUGCCUUUGUAUCCCAUUGCAAAUAAUAUGUCAAUUUUUAAUAUGGCAAUUUAUAUCUGGCAGUUUUGUUUUGUGAACAUGUAUGAAAAAAAAAAUUAUUUUGUUAAUUUAACUUUAUUUGAACCCCAUUACAAAUAAUCUGUCACACAAAUGUUUUUCAUUUGUUGAAAAAAUGUGAGUCUGUCUGUUGAUCUCUGCAUUGUAUCACAAUUACAUAAUUGUCAAUAGAUGGAAAUAUUUGGAAAAUUGAUUUUUUUUCCCCAUUGAUUCCAUUGAAACUUAGCAACAUAACACUGUAUCUAAUCUAAUUAUAUGUAGCUCUGGCAGGAUACAUUUACAUGAAGAAUGUAGGCCUACAUUUCCCAUAUCGGUGCUCCCUAGAUAUAGCACUGUGAUCAGUGCUGUAUAGUGUUUUAGGAAUCAGAUAAGAAAAGCAAAGACAGGAAGUGCUUGGCUUUGGAGAUUAAGGUGGUUAAUUCCAUACUAUCAGUAAAUCACAGAGCUAAAGAUUGUAAGAUAUAUCCUCCGAAACAGCUGAGCUUAGGUGUGUACAGGUAGUAUUAUCAGAUUAAUCUACACACAGCCAUCCAAUUCAUCUUUGAACUGUUUUUUUAACAGUUUUAUCACAACCUUUGUGUAAAUGCUCUUUGUUUUGUGGGUGUGAAUGUGUGACACUCACUUACUGAAUGUACAGUGCUGCUAUCUAUUACAGAGAGGUUGUAAAUGUUGUCUAUGUACAGUGUUUGUUUUUAUUUUCUUCACUCAUUCAUAUUCAGUAUAUUAUUCACCUGUAUUGUACGGUCAUGUUGAAUUACACUGAUGGCUGUAUUUAUCCGCUCCCCCUGUGACUGUGUUCAUUAGAAUUCCUCUACGUGCCUUUACUCCAGAUUGUUAUUUUACCAUGUCUGAAAUAAAAAUAAAAUAAGCCUC